AUGAAAAGAGGAAGACAGGUCGGCAGCAGUGGAAUAGACUUACCAGACGAUCAACAUAUCAGAGAAGUUGAAGAGGAAGGUUAUAAAUACCUUGGCAUCCUGCAGUUAGAUAAGACUCUUAAUACCAAGAUGAAAGGCAAGAUAACAUCAGAGUAUGUGAGAAGAGUAAAAAAGCUAUGCAGAUCCAAACUGAAUGGAGGAAAUAUGAUCAGUGGCAUCAAUACAUGGGCCGUGAGUGUAGUACGUUACAGUGCAGGUAUUGUGGAUUGGACAGUGGAAGAGCUGGUCAGCAUGGAUAGAAGAACUAGGAAAAUUAUGGCAAUGAAUGGAUGUAUGCACACCAGAAGUAAUGUUGCGAGACUGUACCUGCCAAGGAAGGAAGGAGGAAGAGGGUUGAUAAGCAUUGAGGAGUGUGUAAAUAAGGAGAGUAAAUCCUUGCAUGGCUAUCUCAGAGAGACCACAGAGUGGAUGCUUCAAGCUGCUUUAAAGGAGAAGGUGUUAGAUGAAGAAGAGACCUUUCAGGACUACCAGAAGAGGAGACAAGAGGAGAAAAUCAGGAACUGGAAGGAGAAACACCUGCAUGGAGAGUUUGUGCGACAAACAGCAUAUGUAGCUGGAGAAGAUUCCUGGAGAUGGCUUAGGAAUGGUUUUUUGAAAAAGGAGACAGAAGGUCUGAUCUUAGCUGCUCAAGAACAAGCUUUAAGAACAAACUCGAUCAAGCACAGCAUAGAUAAGACUUCAGUGACACCUCUGUGUAUAUUGUGUGGAGACUCUACUGAAACUGUAAGACAUAUUAUCAGUGGAUGCAAAAAGCUUGCCCAGGGAGAGUACAGAAAACGCCAUGACAAGGUGGCCCUGCGGGUGCACUGGGAGAUUUGCAGAAAGUACAGGAUAGAAUGUACCGACAAGUGGUAUGACCAUCAGCCAUUGGCAGUCGCAGAGAACAGAGAUGCUCGAAUUACCUGGGACAAGACUGUUUACACAGAUAAGAGGCUGAAUCAUAAUCGACCGGAUAUUACUCUACUACGGAGAGAUACACAGGAGUGGACACUAAUUGACAUAGCUGUACCAGCGGACCAGAGCAUCAUCAAUACUGAGGAAGAGAAAAUGGCUAAAUAUCAAGAACUAGCAUUCGAAAUUAAGAGAAUCCAUAGAGCAUCGAAAGUGACAGUGAUACCAAUCGUGAUCGGUGCACUCGGAACAACCUCAAAGAACGCAAAAACCUGGCAUGGGAAGUUAGCCCUACCUGACAUCGUUGGAAGUGCACAAUUGUCGGCCAUCCUUGGAACAGCUCACAUAUUACGGAAAGUUCUAUGUUUCUAA